UCAGGAAAGUGUGUGAUUCGAGAGAGGAUUUGAGUUUAGACAGUGUGUAUACAGGUGACACUGUUUUGUAUAUAAUCGGACAUAAGUAAGAUACAUAUUUACAACUGUAUUCUGUAAAAUGGUCGGGGUAAAAGUAAUCGGGAAUGAUUCAGAAUUCCAACCUGAGCUAGCAGCCGCCGGUUCGAGGCUUGCGGUAGUGAAGUUCACAAUGGCAGGGUGUCGACCCUGUGUCAGAAUAUCCCCUGCUUUCAACAUGUUGAGUAACAAGUACCCACACGUGGUUUUCCUUGAAGUAGAUGUGCACGUCUGUCAGGCAACGGCUGCCGCCAACAACAUCUCUGCAACGCCAACAUUUUUGUUUUUCCGCAACAAAGUGCGCGUUGACCUGUAUCAGGGUGCAGAUGCCUCAGGACUAGAGGAGAAGAUCAAGCAGCAUGUAGAAAACGACCCUGGAAGCAACGAGGACUCAGACAUUCCCAAGGGAUAUAUGGACCUGAUGCCGUUUGUGAACAAAGCUGGCUGUGAGUGCCUAAAUGAGAGCGACGAGAGCGGCUUUGACAACUGCUUAGUCAAGGACACCACCUACCUGGAGUCUGACUGUGAUGAGCAGCUCCUCGUUACGAUGGCCUUUAACCAACCUGUCAAGCUGUACUCAAUGAAGCUGCAGUCCUCUGACUUGGCCCAGGCACCAAAGUGUGUGAAGAUCUUCAUUAACCUGCCUCGCUCCAUGGACUUUGACGACGCUGAGCGGAGCGAAGCCACCCAGACCUUGGACCUGGCGGAGGAGGACUUCAAGGAAGACGGGUUGAUUCCACUGAGAUACGUCAAGUUCCAGAACGUUCAGAGCAUCACCAUGUUCGUGAAGAACAACCAAGGUGAUGAAGAGACGACUAAAAUCAACUACCUUACUUUUAUCGGAACCCCUGUACAAGCAACGAACAUGAAUGACUUCAAACGGGUUGUGGGCAAGAAAGGAGAGAGUCACUGAGAAGGCGAAGAGGAGACGAGAGGAGACGAGAGGAGAGGAGGGGAGGGGAGAGGAGAGGAGGAGAAGAAGAAUGGCCAUAUUUCUGCGGUGAUCCCCGUCUUUCUGCCAAAGCUGCUGGAUGGGUCCGGGUCAGAGUCAGCUCUACUGUCAUACAACACUGAUAACCAACGAUGUGUCCCAAAUGGCAUCAUAUUCCCUUUUUAUAGUGCACUGCUUUUGACCCUUUAUAGUACAAUACUUGUUUUUGGACCUGAUAUCCAUCCUGAAGUUAGGGCUUUGAUCCAGGAUCCAAAGACAUGUCUGAGAUCUAAAGUAGUGCACUAUAUAGGGAAUAGGGUGCCGUUUUGGAUGUGAAGUCAAUGAGCUGUCGUUUAUGUCCGCCAGUGAAAUCACCAAGAUGAGGCAUCUCAAUCAAUUAAUUCAAACAUUUUUAUUGUAAUUCAGACAAACACUGUAAAUAAAAACACAAUCCAAAAGGCA